UCCUUGCUGAUUGGCUGGUUGGGGCCGCUGGGGACUGCGCAGCGGCCACUCUGGUCCCUGUCCUGUCCUUCGGGCCUCGAUCCCUCGGCUGCAAGCUUUAUGGUGCUGGCCACGAUAUGUGGCGCCUGACAGGGAUCCUGGGGCGAGGUAGGGGCCGUCUGCAAGCUCUUCCCCGGCUGCUGGGACCUAGCUUCCGAGGGGUAACACCCAAGCCCACCAGUUCAGAUGGGCCUCAGACAACCUCCACUCCCCUGCCGCUCCCUAGGCUCAGCUUUGACAGACCAGGCUCCCAUGGUACAAAGAGGAACAGGGACCCAAAGUGCUGUGGCUGGAAAGAUGCUUUCCACUGGAUGUCUGCUCAUGUCUCCCCAAACACUCUGCGGGACGCCAUCUCAUGGGGUACCCUGGCUGUGCUGGCUUUGCACCUGGCGAGGCAGAUCCACUUCCACGUCCCUCUGGUAGCAGGACCUCAGCCAGCUGAACGCUGCUCCUGGCACGGUCCCCUGUACCGCUUCCUCUCCUCUUCCUGGUGGCACCCGCACUCCUCGCUUCGGAGGCAUGUUCUUCCCAGGCCUGACUGCCCAGCUCCCAGGAACGUGGGCCUCAGGGAACCAAGGCUGGGCCAGGAGGAACCUUCAGCUAGGUCCCAGUGCCUUCCUCCAGAGAGUUCCCUGAGCCCUGGCCUUCUGAAUCUACCUGAAGAAGAGCCCAGUGACUUUGGCUUCCUGAAUGCUAGCAGGGACUUCACGUCCCGGACUAAGGCAGCUGAGGCCCGGCCCCCUGGAGGAAAAAAUGAACAAGACAAGGCCAAGGCUCUUCCUCUGGAGGAGGCCAUGACUUCCAUCCAGCAACUCUUUCAGCUCAGUGUUGCCAUCGCUUUCAACUUCCUGGGGACAGAGAGCAUAAAGGCAGGGGACUACACAGCAGCCUUCUCCUACUUCCAGAAAGCCGCAGAGCGUGGCUACAGCAAAGCACAGUACAACGUGGGCUUAUGUCUGGAGCAUGGCAGAGGCACCCCCAGGGACCUCAGCAAGGCUAUCCUCUUUUACCAUCUAGCUGCCGUCCAGGGCCACAGCCUGGCUCAGUACCGCUAUGCCAGGUGCCUGUUGCAAAGUUCAGGCUCUCUGUCAGACCCUGAGCGAGAGAGGGCCGUCUCUCUGCUGAAGCAGGCUGCAGACUCUGGCCUGACAGACGCCCAAGCCUUCCUUGGGGUGCUUUUUACCAAGGAGCCACACCUGGAUGAACAGAGAGCGGUAAAAUACCUCUGGCUGGCAGCCGGCAAUGGGGACUCUCAGAGCAGAUUCCACUUGGGAAUCUGCUAUGAGAAGGGCCUUGGUGUGCAGAGGAACGUGGGAGAGGCUGUGAAGUGCUACCAGCGGUCAGCAGCUAUGGGCAAUGAGCCCGCCCGGGAGAGGCUUCGGACCCUCUUUAAUAUGGAAGCAGCAGGGCCCAGCCACCUGACCAUGACAGGACUGAAGUCUUUCUCCAGCCCCUCCCUCUAUAGCCUGAACACCCUGUUGGCUGGUGCCUCAGGCCUCCCUCAUGCCUCAAGCACCGGGAACCUCUGCAGAAGUGGCCAUCUUGGAGCCAGCCAUGGAGCCCCCAGCAGGGCUAUACCAUCCUUGGAAAGGAGUCUCGUAAGACUGGGUUUUGGCUAAGACCUCCCCUUUAAGGAUGGAGCCUGAGAGUUCUCAGAGAUAUCACAAUUUGAGUUCCAAAGAAGAGGCCAGUUAGCUACUUACCUUCCCAGAAACCAUCAGCUCCUCUCCAGCACCAUAAAGAAGAGGACCCAGGCUCUGGCUGUGCCACCUGGAAGCAGUGACUGGAUUUCUACCAUUGUUUUCUCAGUUGUAGACUGAGGACUCCUGCCUUAAAGGAUUGAGGCGCAGCCAUUUCAACUGCAGAAAGAACCUUAUUCCUUGCUUAGGUUUCUGAAGACAGACUGGUGCCCACAGUUCCAUGGCCUUAAGAAUCACCAGGCUUCUGGGCGUGGUAGCGUACACCCGAUUCCAGCACUCGGGAGGCAGAGAGGCAGGCAGAUAUCUAUGAGUUUGAGGCCAGCCUGGUCUACAAAGUGAGUUCCAGGACAGCUAAAGCUGUUACACAGAGAAACCCUGUCUCAAAUCCCCACCACCACCACCACAAAAAAUAAAAAAAGACAAGGAGGAAGAGUCGGAGUCACCAGGUCAAGAGACUCAAAGCUGAUGUUGUGACUCCAGCCCAGACUUCUGGUCUACCAGUUCCCACUGCAAUGUUAUUUGAAAACAUUAUCAUCACCCUGCAGAUCAGUGGAGAUUAGGCACCUGGAGUCUUGAAGCCAGAGAGUGGAGUCCAUGAGUCCUUUUUUGGGAAAGGUCAGGUAGGGAUAUACGAGUGUUUAAUAAAACAGAUGGUGGAUUAUCUCUCA